AUGGUUCCAAGUGCGACUGGCACCAGCGAUAGCAGUUCUCGAAGCUUCAGAGUCAGUCCUGACCAGAGCACGACCUCGUUUCUCUCAAACGAGACGGCAAUUUCGGCCAUCAGCGGUAUUCCAACUUCUUCGACGAGCUCGUCGCCCAGUAACGUAACGUCCAGUACUAGCAAUAUCACACCUACACCAACACCAACCAGCUCUCUGAUCACCAACACAACACUGGCCUCCCAUGAGAGUACUCUUGCAGCUUCUUCCUCUCAAUCGACCACUUCUAUAACAUAUGGAACCACCACGUCGAGCCUUUCCAACGUCUCUUCAACAACAACCACAACGCUUCGGUCCACUACAACGAUCUGGUCCCCACCUCCUUUCAAUGUCUCGUGUUCCUAUUUAACGGGCUCAGGUUGCGGUCCAUACAACGCCACGGCCCCGGCAUGGGCGACAGGAAGGCCUAGUAAUGGCCCAUUAUGGACCAAUGUUUCCUCGCCAGCUUGGGGAUACACCCUACCGCUUGAGACGGACACGUCGUCAGAAGGUGGUGGCACUGUGAUUACUAUCACUAUUGAGGCUACACCAGCACCAAUUACACCUUCUCCCAUAACUCCACCACCAGAGGAGAUCACAGUGACGGCUAUCGUUCCGGAAAAUUAUAAUCAUACCUCAUCCUCCACCUCUGGCCAAGGCACAACACUGCUGAGUGGCACAGGCUUCGAAACCUCUGCGAUAUGGCCAGCUGAGUCUGCACCCAUCACCAUGACAAUUGUGAUAGGCAGCAAUGUGACAAGCGUAGUAUCGGAGAGUCAACCAUUGGUUUCAACGACGUCACCUUCCAAUUCGUCUAUCGUCUCGGCAGUAUCAAAUCCAGCUGCCACAAGUGGCUCCGGAUCACAAGGAGCCUCUCUUACAGCCUCAGAAUCAUCUACUAUUAAUGCAACGACAACCAGCACAGGAUCGUCUCCUAGCAAUUCAACAGUGACAGGGUCAUUCAACGCCACUACAGCGUCAGCUCCCGGCGGCAACUCGGGUCUUCCACCAGCAAGCAUAACCUCGUCGCCAUACUGGACCAAUGCCACAAGCGGCACGCCGUGUUCCCUGACGCCUUCGUACCUGUGGCAGGACUGGAACUGGACGGCGCCUUCGGCUCCGACCUCCGCCGGCAAUUCCGACACUGCAAACAGUACCUCCACGUCGACCGGGAGCCCAGCAAGAAUGUCUCAACCAACCGCGGUCAGCUCUUCUAAUGCUACUACCAAUCAGCCAACACCUCCUUCCUCGACAGACACGUCGCCCACAGGGGACAACUCCACAAUUACUUCUGCUGGUCCUCCCGUGGGCAUACUACCUACACCCAUCCCUCCAGCAAGCGGCCAGCAGACCAAUGGCACGGCAAUCCCGACGACAGGCGAUUGGUUUGCGCUGAGUACCUUCGGCGACGGCAGUGUGUUGACGACAUUCGUGACGCAUUUUGGUCCCGCGUUCUCGACCUCGUCGGAGUUUGGCUACAAUGCCGCGAUCAGCUCUCCGUCACCGGUGGGACAUCAUAUUGUCGUUCCUCCAAAGAAGAUGGCCGCCUGGGCGAAGAUGGACGACGUGUGA